AUGGAUGGAAAUCGGGCUAAAAAGACGGCGACCUGCGCUUAUUCCGGAACAGAGUACGGUCAUUCGCCACCCAGCCAUAACUACGGAACGCUACCAGAACAGGAUGAAGAGUUGUGGAAAGACGAUGAAAGAUGUUUAAUCAAGGAGAAGGAGGAAGAGAAAUCUUUUAUCGACACGAUAUCUGUAUCGUUCUUCCCAAGGCCUCUUCACCUCCGUACUUGCAUCCUCUUAUUUAUUUUCGUCAUCACCACCUGCACUUUAAAAUCGUCUCCGAAAUCCACUCGUCGGAUAUAUAGAGGGCUCGAAACAUUUCAAAGCGAAGGUCAAAUCGGCUCGGGGACGGAUAUGAAUGUUUGA